AUUAAAAUAUACAGCCAAUUUAACUAGUUUUUACAUGCUUUGUCAUAAGAAAUAAUGAUUUUUUAAUGGGCAUGUUACGUACAAAACAAAUAUAUAAUGUAAAGUCGAGAGAUGUGUAUGCUGGUAAGGUUGUAAGUUUCUUAUGUCAGAGAUUGCGAGAUUUGGAGCACAACCAAUUUGUGCAAAAUGGAGCAGUGGAAGCUAUCUUUCUGGCCAUUAAGAAUGGAUUCCCGGAGCUUGCGAUUGAAAUUGCAAGAGCUAAGGAAGACAUAUUGUGGACCAGCAUUGAUCCUGAAGAUUCAAGAACCAUGUUUGCAUGUGCUAUAGAACAUCGUCAAGAGGAAGUGGCAAAAUUUCUUUAUGGAUACAAGGCAGAUAAAUUUUAUGACAAAAUUUAUGACACUGAUGAAAAGGCAAAAUAUCCUGAUGAAUACAAGGCAGAUAAGUUUUAUGACAAAUUUUAUGACACUGAUGAAAGUGGAAACAAUAACUUACAUCUAGCAGCAAAGUUGGCUCCUCAUUUUCAACUAGAUCGCAUCUCAGAUGCAGCUUCGCAGUUGCAAAGUGAAGUACGCUGGUAUAAGUCGGUGGAAGGAAUUGUUCCACGGUUCUACAACGAACAGAAAAAUAAAGAUGGUGAAACUCCUUACCAAAUGUUUGUUAAAGAACAUAAGAACAUGUUAAAAGAAGCUGAAGAAUGGAUGAAGAAAGCUGCAGAAUCUUCUACAGUCAUAGGUGCUCUUAUUAUCACUAUUAUGUUUGCUGCGGCUUUUACUGUUCCAGGUGGGAACGAUCAAAAUACAGGCUUCCCCAUAUUUUUGAACACAACGGCACGGGCAGCAUCUUUUACGAUUACACCAUUUAAGGUAUUCAUAAUAUCAGAUGCAAUUUCCCUUUUCACUGCAGCCAGUUCAGUAUUAAUAUUUUUGGGGAUUCUCACUGCACGUUACGCUUAUGAAGAUUUUCUUGUAUCCUUGCCCAUGAAGUUGAUUUUUGGUCUUUCUUUUCUCUUCAUCUCUAUUGCAACAAUGACAGUAGCAUUUUGUGCUACUCUUUAUGUGAUGCUACGAGGUGAACAGAAGGAAGGCAUCCCAAUAACUGUGCUUGCUGGUAUUCUUAUCACAUGCCUAGCGUUGAUGCAGCUUCCUCUUCUUCUUAAGAAUAUGGCUUUAACUCCUAGGCCAAACAUCUUUGAUAGAAAAACUGCAACAGCACGGUUGAUUGAAUUUUUUGCCGGUUAUAUUCCUAUCGUUCCAUUUGUGGUAAAAGUAGUGGUCACUGGACUGAUAAAUGUGGUAGAAGUAGUGAUCGGAUAGUCAUGCUUAAGUGUAUUUUUUGUUUUUUAGCUAUGUGGAGCAAUUAUACGACUCUAGUCUAUAUAUUUUCUAGUUGGAAUAAAUACUUGGUGGAUUC